AUGGCGUACCAUGGUCAAACAGCCCUCAAUCUCUUCGCUGACGAGAUCAACGGCGAGCUUCGCGAUCGCGCACUGCGAGGAGCCAUCGAGGGCAAGAUUCGACACUUCUUUGAUUGCGUCGAUAAAAAAAAUUGGCCGGGGGUCCAAGAACACUUGAGACCAGAUGUAAAGCUUCUCCUCAGGCUUCGCGGCCCGGGGGACAUCUACAGGAACCAACACUACGUUGUAGAGCAACUCAAGCGGGAAGUUGCCAGCGGCCAAACGACCGUCCACAAGCUUCUCCUUGUCGACCGAGGCCGAGUUACGUGCUAUGCUGCCACAUUUUGGAUGGCUCGAGUCAAGGCUGAACAAACGCCUUACUUCUUCGAGUCUCAUCAGGUCUUCGUCAUCGAUCUCGACGAUCGCCAUCAAAUCAAGCGCAUUGAUAUUCGAGACAAUACCGAUGAUGUCAUGCAGCACGAUGGAGACAAGGAUAAGAUGGAGAUCGCUAUCGAGGAGACCAAGACAGAUGCUAUGCACCUGAUAGAUCGCAUCUGA